AUGGGCUCCAUUGGCAACGUUGACGCCUUCUUCGCAAAGGCUGACAAGUAUCUCAUGAGCACUGGAGUGCCAUACUCUCCUCUCGUUAUCACCAGGGCGAACGGCACUCGGCUUUACACCCAAGAUGGCCGGUCAAUCCUCGACUUCACAUCCGGCCAAAUGAGCUCGCUCCUCGGCCACUCACACCCGGAGAUCGUCGAGGUCGUGAAGCACCAUGUCGCCGAGCUCGAUCACCUCCUCAGCAACAUGAUCACCUACCCUGUGGUCGACCUCGCUGAACGACUGGCACGCUUCCUCCCCGCUCCUCUAGAGAAGUCCUUCUUCCUCAACACCGGAUCCGAAUCCACCGAAGCCGCCAUCAAGAUGGCCAAAGUCUACACCGGCAAAUUCGAAGUCAUCGCCUUCGCCGCCAGCUACCACGGCCUCACUCAGGGCGCCGGCUCCGCCACAUACUCCGCCGGUCGUCGAAGAGGCGGUCCCGUCAUGCCUGGAGCCCUUGCUUUCCCCGCUCCCUACGGGUACCGCUCACCCUUCAAGAAGGCUGAUGGUUCCUACGACUGGGAGGCCGAGAUGGAUUUUGGUUGGUCCAUGAUCGACCGCCAGAGCGUCGGUUCAAUCGCCGCAUUCAUCAUGGAGCCGAUUCUCUCCACCGGCGGGAUCCUCGACCCGCCAAAGGGCUACUUCAAGCGCAUGGUUGAAGAGUGCCGCAAGCGCGACAUCCUCGUUAUCAUGGACGAGGCCCAAACCGGCGUCGGCCGAACAGGCCAGAUGUUCGCCUUUGAGUACGACGAGAUCGUCCCCGACAUUCUCGCUCUCUCUAAAACGCUUGGCUGCGGUCUUCCCCUCGCGUCUGUCAGCACAACCGCCGAGAUCGAAAAGGGCUGCAAGGAAGCCGGCUUCCUCUGGCUCACCACUCACCUCAACGACCCUCUCACCGCCGCCGUCGGCAACAAGGUCCUCGAGAUUGUGGAGCGCGAGAACGUCUGCCAGCGCGCUGCCGAGCGCGGCGCCCAGCUCCAUGCGGGUCUCGUCAGACUGCAGAAGAAGUACUGGUGCAUUGGCGACAUCCGUGGACGUGGUCUGCUGAGGGGUCUAGAGGUUAUCUCGGACCCUGAAACCCGUGCUCCUGGUCCUGAGCUCGGCCAGGCCGUCUCGGACCAGGCCAUGGCGCGUGGUCUCUCUUGCAACAUCGUCAGCCUGCCCGGUAUGGGCGGCGUUUUCCGUCUUGCCCCGCCGGUUACUGUUACUCCGGAGGAGAUUGAGGAGGGUCUGGCGAUUCUGGACGAGGCGUUUGGGUAUGUGUUGAAGACGCGGUCUGCUUAG